AUGUCAUUCACUCGAUACAGCACAACUCUCUCUAAUCUAACAUCGAUAAUGGGCAACGAAACUCUCAGGACGGAAUAUCAAGAUGCGAUCACGUUCUGUAACAACAACCCAUCUCAACUUGCUGGGUAUGGGGAUAUCCAACGUCUUUUGGCAGAAACCAUGGUAGACUCUGAAUCUCGACCGGACGCCUCGUUCAUUGUGAAUCAAGAGACAAGAGAAGAAAUGGUCUUUCAAAUGCAAGGGAUCGUUCUCGAAGUCGCCCUGCCUCCGGUACACGGCAAUGCAAACAAUCAAAGGCUAGAUGUUCCGCUAUUCUUAGUUUGUUCGGUUUCCGUUAAUCAUCUCCAACAAUCCGUAACUAUCGUUGGAUUGGAAGGUGAUCGCCAGUUCGUCGAAGCGUUAGCGGCAAUCAGCUGCAUGCUCAAUCUGUUGAGCCAGUCAGAGACGAACCACGUUUGUGCAUCGCUGCAGACACGAACGGGUAACGGUGCCCAGGUCACCUUUCGCAACUGGCUGUUAACUCCUUUGCAUGCGGUGAACGAGGACAAUGUUGUAGCUUUGCCGGCUGCGGUUGACCCUCAUAACUUGCUAUUGAAGGAGCUUCAGCCUAACAAAUUCUCAUUCACCGAAGACUCUAACGUGUCACUCGAGAAGUACAGCCGGACAGCUGACGGACACCUAUCAUUUGUUCAGCGCCUGGACAGUAUAGCCUUAAUGUCGACCGUGGGAGCCCCUUUGGUGCAAGCCAUGGAAAUGGCGAGCAGAAACCAUGAAGUGCAGCGUCCCUUACCUCACAAGCGCAGACAAGAUGUCAUGAAGAUUGUGUAG